UCCCGGGCGCCGCGCGGUCCCGAGGUGCUGGACGCGGCGCCGGUGUCUGCGCUCCCAGAGGGCUCGGGGCCCUGCCGGACAGCCGGGCUGCGGGGGGCGCUCCGGGAGGCCUCCCAACGCGCGCCCCGGUCGCGCCCUUCGGCCCUCCCAUCGCGCUGUCCCCUACUGUCACCUCUUUGCCCGACGGUGAACCCAGCCCGAAAGGCCGAGAAGUGCCCCGCGCCGCGGCCAUCCGCCCUCCUGGCGGCUCCAGGCCCUGCUGUCCCGCCGCCCCGCGUGCCUCUGCCGCCCCCUGCGGUGGCCAGGCCGGAGCCCCUCCCCUCCCUCGACCGCCUUGCCUCUCAGAGCUUGAAGCCCCAGAUUAUUUUUUCUGGAAGGAGGACCAGGAGGUGGAGACGGUCGCCAUCCCCGCCGCUCUCCGUGCACGGACGGUGCGAGGCACACGCGUCCUCUCGCUGCCGCUGCUCUCAUAGGGGCAGCCCCUUCGGGGCGUGGAGCCCCUCCGCGUAGCACCACCCUGGGGCUGCCCCGGGUGCAGCCUCAAGUUGCCAUCACGGAGUGCGGGUGCUGCCGCCACUGCGGAAGGAGGUGGAGAGACACUGAGGGCAGGACUCGGUCUAGAGCAUCCCCACACUCUCCUUGAUCUUUUUAAUGAGGCCCAAAACACACUAAAGGAGUUGGACUUUGCUGGCACAUCUGGUUCUGCAAAGGGCACCAAGCCCCACGGAGCUGGCCAGCCUCAGCAUUCGCCCAUGGAGGCCCUGGGUCCUGGGGAUGACCGCACCUCCCCAGCCUCGUCCACUCGCAGCUUGGAUCUGCGGCGGCUGUCUGCACGCGCCGACUCGGCCUACAGCUGCUUCUCCACAGCCUCUGGUGGUCCCGAGCCACACACGCUGUCACCUGGGACCGGUGUCCUUGCUUACCUCGACUGGGAGAACGUGCGCGUGGUGUGGGGCGGCCCGGACCCCGCCGCGCCCACCGCUGUCCUGCACACAUCCCUGCAGCCCCGGCCCGCAGCCGCGGUACGCAGUGGGCCGCGACCCCCAGAAGUCUGGGGGACCCCCGGGCCGCCCAACCGGCAGACCACCCCGCUGGUGUACCCGCUGACCGCGUAGGCGAAGACUGCAGCGCGGGCCACUGAGCCACGCAGGCCACCGGCCUCACGGGCCGCCUACCGCCAGCGGCUGCAGGGAGCGCAGCGGCGAGUGCUCUGGGAGACGUCGUUCCAGCGCAAGGAGCUCCGCAUGAGCCCGCCAGCCCGCCGUCGGCCCUCCGCACCCGCUCGGCCCCCGGCGGAGCACCCGCGCCCCGCAUCGCUCAGCCACCCGGGCGGGGAAGUGGAAUCGGCGCGCUCUGGGGCUUCCGCGCCACAAACUGGUGGGCGCGGAGACCUCGCCAAGCAGCAGCGGAAGUGGUGUUUCUCUGAGCCAGGGAGGCUGGAUCGCGUGGGUCGGGGCGGUGGUGGGUUGGUCGGGGAAGGCGGCGGCAAGGCCUGCUCCAGCUUCUGCCUUCCCAGGCCCCAGGAGCAUCAGGAGCCCCAGGAGCAUGGAGUACUGGCCGAGUUCGAAGGUUUGUCUGAGCCCCAGACCCUUGGCAUAGAAGACCCAAAUCCUGGGUCCUUAAAGCUCAGUGUUGCCUACAGGCCUCGCUGUCAGAGUCGAAGCCCUUCAGGUGAAGUCUUGGCUCCCUGGGGAGGACCAGGAGAGGGCAUGCCCAUUAUCCAGGCUGUUCCCCAAGGAGCAGAAACCCCCAGACCAUUGUUUAAGACCAGACUUUGCAGAGUCCUGAAUCAGAAGGAAGCUGCAGUGGCAUGUCCUGCAGAGGGCCUCCAGAGAAGUCCUGCGCGUGUGCAGAGGGUCUCAGAGAGCUAUAUGGAGUCUGCCUGGCCCCCACCUCUUCCUGAUAAUGAAGUUUUCCUGGAAGAAGCUCCGCUGGUCAGGAUGAGGUCACUUCCAGACUCUCAUGUGCCCCCAAGGCUCCCAACCAAUGUACAUGCCUCUGACCAGCAGUAUGGAGCUGGCUUGGGCCAACGAGCUGACCAUGCUGCAGUCCUCUAAGAGUACUCCCUCAACAGACACCCAGAGAUUGCAGCAAUAGAUGACUGCUGGUAGGGGAUAGAUGGUUCUGUGGGUGUGUACAGGUCCUGCUAUAGCCCCCCAGAAACUGCAAAUGGUGACAUCCCAACCUUUGACCACACUGGACUGCUAACUACUGACCCCCACACUGCUGCAGAGAAUGAGCCUUUCAAAUCUUUCCCAGUUGAUACCCUGGGACCUCCAGGCAAUGAUUCGCCAGAGACUCCCUCCCACAUUGCCCUAGCUUGGGGCACUGGCCAGCCUGGUUCCAGGUCAACAUGGUCCAGUCUGCGCCUCGAGGAACUGGUUCAGGAGCUGGCCAGACUGAAUCCCUCUCUGAGUGACACUAUUAACUUAUCCCCACCUGUGGGGCUUCUGGAUGGGCUGAUUCCUUUAACUGAGGUCAGGGCUGCAAUGAGGCCAGAUUGUGGGGAGAUUGGAGAGGAGGCUGCUGGUCCUUCCGAGGCAGGCUCUGGCCUUGUCCCCAGCUAUCUCUUUAGCUCCACCCAGCUCCUGCCAACCUCUCAGGAGGAGAUAAGGCCUGAAAACCUUAGUACCCACCCUGUACCUGACCUGCCAUGUGGCCAGGGUCUCCCUGAGCCAAAUAACAGCAUCCAAGUCAAGAAAGUGGAGCUAGCUCACCUCCUCCAAAAGAUGCUGCAGGUCCUUCAGGCUGAGCAGGAACAGCUGCAGGGGGCGACCCAGGAGUGGGCCAGGCGUGGGGCUGCUCUGGAGGCUGCAGUGGGCCAGGCCUGUGCACCCCAUGAGCUAGAGCGGUUCAGCGGGUUCAUGGCUGACCUAGAGCGGGUGCUUGGCCUCCUUCUACUGCUUGGCAGUCGCCUGGACCGCGUGCGCGGUGCCCUGGCUCGGGCUGUUGCAGACUGUGACCCUGAUGAACAGGCCUCUCUCCUGCAGCGACUGGGGCUCCUGGAGCAGCAGCAGGAAGAUGCCAAGGAGCUGAAGAGGCACGUGGCACGGUGCGAGCGUGCCCUGCGGGAGGUGCUGGUGCAGGCCCUGUCAACUGCAGAGCUGCACGCCUACAGUGCCCUGCUGGUGGGCAAGGCCACGGUCCUGGCCCAGCAACGCAGCUUGGACAAGUGGGUCCGACUCCAGGAUCAACUUGACACCGUCAGGAGUAAUGUGGAAAGAUCUGAAGCUAUCUUGUUUACAAACUACAGAUCCAAACUGUGCCUGACUAGAGCAGAAGAGGGAUGGCAGUUGCUAGGAAGACUGGAGAGAAUAGGCCUGAAGACAGGAGGAAUCGGGGGGAUGCUGGGCCCUCAACGCUACUGCCCCCAUGCCCCAAUUCCUAACUGUUUCAGUGACUGUCACACAACAGAAGCCUAGGCCUGGUUGGCGGAGUCCAGUUCUCCUUUGCUGUUCUUACCCAAGCCCACAGCCCCACAGUGGCAGUAGGGUACUGCUUCCCUUCAAGACUCCAGGGAUAGAGAAUUUCCCCAAAUGGAAAACAGGUUCAGUUACUUUGCUGCCUAAUAACCCUGACAAAUGUCCAGUACACUCGGAUUUUCCAGUACAUUCAUUCCAAGACCCAGAAAGAACUUUCUUCCUCUUUCAAUUAUGUUAUGAAAACGGAGUUUAUCCAACUCUCCUUUGGAAACCCCACUGGGUCCCCCAGGCUUGAGGAGGCAGUUGGGGCUGGGAGCUGAAGCUCAGGCUUAGGGGACUUGGAGGCCUACCAUGCAGGGGAUGAGAACCCGGAGAGGCAGUUCCACUUGUGUGCUAGAGAUGCUGAUCUGGGGACGGGCUAGGGUUGGGAGUCAGGAAUUAGGGGCUGGAGUGGUAUAAACAUGACUCAUACUCCCCUUUAUUUGUGCAUCAGCCCUGUGUACACAGCAUCAAUGUUAAGUUCUCAAAUAUGCAUGUGAAAAUCUGCUUUAGUGUUUGUAGCUGCAAGUCUAGGGAGAAGAUAAUGCUGAAAGAGUAAUCUGGGGUCAUGACUGGAUUACCUUAAAUUCCAGUUUGGUCUUUUUCCUAUUUGCAGUAGAAUGUCACUGAAAGCUUUCUUUCUUAUUAUUUCUUUUUUAAAAGUAGUUUUAAUUAUCUUCAGAUUGUAAAAUAAUAUUUUCCUAAUUCUCAAUAGUUUCUAAAAUAUAAAGACUAGAGAACAUGUUAGAGAACCACUUUCAAAAUUGUUAGGUUUAUUCUGUGUGGGGGUUUUCUGUAUACAUCCGUAAAUAUAUUCACAGUCCUAUAUACCAUUCUAUACACAUAGAAUUAGACCACACACACAUUAUUUCAUAACCCAUGUUUCUUUAUUGCCUGCAGUUACCAGUGCUUGUGGUGAACAGAGGGAGGAGGGAGUCUUGGAGGGGUUGAUCUCAGGGUCGCUGGAAAAGGUGGUGAGGGUCAUCAAGCUAGGGCGGUGGGGACAGAUAGGGAGGGGAGCCAAAGGUCACAGUUAAUAAUUGGCUGAGCUCAAACCCGAACCCCAGGCUGUCUGAUUCUGAAGUCUGUGCUCAUUUACUGUGCAAAAUUAGAUCACCAAUUGCUUAAAAUCAAUGUUCUGAAAAUUUAAUAAAUAAAAGGAAAACUUCCUCAAAUAAAAAUCACCUUAAAUCUUUACACUUGUGCAUCUGUACAUUCUCUA